AUGAGCAGCAAAAGCAGCAGUGUCAUUCCUGCUGGAAAAGUGGCCUUUGUGACUGGUGCGAAUGGUAUCAGUGGCCAUGCCAUCAUCGAACAUCUCAUUCGGACACCCGAGUCAGCCUGGUCCAAAAUUAUCGUCACAUCGCGGCGACCACUUCCAUCUUCUUGGGUAGAUCCUCGAAUCGAGUUUGUGGCCCUCGACUUUUUGAAGCCGGCUGAGACGAUUAUCAACGAGAUAAAGGUCAUCUGUAAAGAUGUCACGCAUGCUUAUUUCACCUCAUAUGUGCACUCCAUGGACUUUUCCGUGCUCGCUGAGAAGAAUUGUCCCCUCUUCCGAAACUUCUUGGAUGCAGUCGACUCAGCCUGCCCUAAACUUGAGCGAAUCUGCCUUCAAACCGGUGGCAAACACUAUGGCAUGAUGUUCCGGGAGUUCUCUUCACCAUUCCACGAGGACACCCCACGGUACGAGGGCCCUGGAUCCGAAUCCAUCUUCUACUAUGAACAGGAAGACGACAUGCGGAGAGUGCAAAAGCGUCGCAACACGUGGCACUACAAUGUGAUCCGUCCUAUGGGAAUCAUCGGGUACACUCCUCAGUUCAAUGGCAUGAAUGAGGUAGUCCCUCUUGCUCAAUACUUCCUCAUCUGCCGAGAGCUCGGCGAAACCCCCAAAUGGCCUGGAAAUCUACGCAACUAUCAUCGCGUUGAGGAUCAAUCAUACGCUCCCAGCAUCGCCGACCUUACAGUGUGGGCGACCACCCAAGAGCACUGUAAAGACGAAGCAUUCAACCACACAAACGGAGACGUGAUUCUGUUCAAAUUCCUAUGGGCUCACCUCGCGAAGUACUUCAACGUCGAAGUUCCUAGCUACUCAAACAUGCCCGACAAGGACGAACCUGAGCUGGACCUGGUCGAGUGGGCUCGUGACAAGGAAGAAGUUUGGAACCGAAUUGUCGCCAAGUACGGUGGUCGGGAGGAUUGCUUCCAGCUUGACGGCUUUGCCAUGUUGAACUGGGGAUUCAACCCUUCCAUCGACAUGAAGACUCCUUUCAUGAGCACAGUUGCGAAGGCUCGCAAGUUUGGCUGGAAUAGGAUCGAUGACUCCUACGAGGCUUACGAUCGUUCAUUCCGAUCCUAUGAGAACACUGGUAUUCUGCCGAGCUCGCGCCAAUUCCGAUGA